GCGUAAUCUGGGCAGGCGACGGGAGACGGGAGACGGGAGACGAGAGACGAGCUCGGGCCUGGCACCGGCAGCGAAUUGCGAGCGGAAUGGCGAUCGGGUGAGCGCCCCAACUGCGUGCGAUGCUGCGCUCCACGGGACGAGCUCUUGAGCGAGACGGAGCCGGACGAGGCCGAUUCUGCGAGUGCUUUUGUCGACGGGAUUCUUCGCAGCUGCUGCAGGCUUCGUGGUCGUUGUUGGCCUGCUGCUCGCUCGGUGCGUGAGUGCCCUCUCGUGCUCCUCUCCGUUUUUCGUGUGGAGCUCGCUCGCUCGCUCGCUUGCUUUUUGGCAAUUUGCAUUCUGGGUCGAAUUUGCGGAGCCGGUUAGGGCCUUGCGAGCUGAACGCGGGACGCGGUGGGAGGUGCGAUUGCCAUCCAUGGCAAUGACGGCGCAAGCUGUUGCGCCCUUGGGUGGAGGAUUGGGUUGCCCGAAGGCUGUGGUGUCGUCGGUUUCAUGUUCUCAGUCGUGUUCGGUGGGGUUUAAUGUGAACCGUCGCGUGAGCUGUAGCCUCAUCGCUGCAGACGCUUCGUCUCGCUCUCAGUAUCGUGUAGAAACGAGGAAGAUUCGGUUUUCGGACACUGAAUUGUGCGGGAGGCAACUUGUUUUGUUCAAGCGACGAAGCCCCGUGAGGCUGAGAAAUUCCUCACGACUGCAAGUUCGUGCUUCCGCUGUUUUCGACAAUCUCAGUACGAGCCUUGAAGCCGUGUGGGCAAAGCUUCGGAACCAAGAUGUUCUCACCAAGGACAACAUCAAAGAGCCAAUGCAGGAAAUUCGGCGGGCUCUUCUGGAGGCGGAUGUUAGUUUGCCGGUGGUUCGGAAAUUCGUCAAAUCUGUGACGGAGAAAGCUAUCGGCACUGGAGUUAUCAAAGGUGUCCGCCCUGAUCAACAGCUCGUGAAGGUCGUGAAUGACGAGCUGGUUAGCUUGAUGGGCGGUACUGCGGCCGGAAUCGAGUUCGCCAAAACUGGUCCGACUGUGAUUUUGAUGGCUGGGCUCCAGGGAGUGGGAAAGACGACAGCUUGCGGUAAGCUGGCUCUGUACUUCAAAAAGAAAGGCAAGAGUGUGAUGAUGGUGGCCACCGAUAUCUAUAGGCCUGCCGCCAUCGAUCAGCUGGUCACUCUCGGAGGUCAGGUGGAAGUUCCGGUCUUCGAAGCUGGAACGAACGUCAAGCCUGCAGAGAUUGCGAGACGCGGUUUAGCUGAGGCCAAGAAGAAAAAUAUCGACGUCGUGAUCGUGGACACUGCAGGGCGCCUUCAAGUCGACAGAGGAAUGAUGGACGAGCUGAAACAAGUGAAGAGCGCUGUGAACCCAACCGAAGUGCUGUUGGUAGUGGAUGCCAUGACAGGACAGGAAGCAGCGGCGUUGGUUGCUGCAUUCAAUUUGGAUUUGGGCAUCACCGGGGCCAUCCUCACGAAGUUGGAUGGAGACUCGAGAGGUGGAGCUGCCUUGAGUGUGAAAGAGGUAUCAGGAAGGCCCAUAAAAUUUGUCGGUGAGGGCGAGAGCAUGGCCGCACUGGAGCCCUUCUAUCCCGAUAGACUGGCGAGCCGGAUUUUGGGCAUGGGAGACGUGCUGUCAUUCGUUGAAAAAGCUCAGGAAGUUAUGGUGCAAGAAGAGGCCGAGGAAAUGCAGAAAAGGAUCAUGGAAGCGAAGUUCGACUUCAAUGAUUUCCUGAAGCAAACGCGAAAUCUCGCUCGAAUGGGCUCCAUGGGUGGCCUCAUGAAACUGAUUCCGGGAAUGAACAAGAUUUCUCCUCAGCAAAUCGCUGACGCCGAGAAGAGUUUGAAAGUGAUGGAAUCCAUGAUCAACUCCAUGACACCUAAGGAAAGGGGAGACCCCGAGCUCUUGGCGAAAUCUCCGGGAAGAAGGCGAAGAGUUGCAACGGGUUCAGGAAGAUCGCAAGAACAAGUGAGUCAACUUGUUUCGCAGCUAUUUCAAAUGCGAGCUCGCAUGAAGAAUCUUUCAGCCAUGAUGCAAGGAGGCUCGAUCCCCGGGCUUGGUGCAUUGGAGGAGCAGCUUCAAGGGCGGAAGGCUCCCCCUGGCACUGCCAAGAGGAGGAAGCCUAAAGUCGGAUUACAAGUAUCGUCUACAAGAAGCGCUGCGAAGGGCUUUGGAAGCAAAUAGCUCAGUGUGUAGAUUGUACAUCAUUCCAGAAAUCAUUGUAGACAUGUGAGUACGAAUAAGCUGAGAAUAUAUUCCGUUCUGCGGAAUUGGAGUUUUCCCGUCGGUCGUAAAAUGUAAAAUUUUUCAAUGUAAUUCGUCUAUUUUCCUUCAUUCGAUUCCAAAGGCGGGGAAAUUUCUACACUGGAG